AUGCAGUGCGCAGUGAAUUUCAUGGAGAACGCUGAAUGCAACACCAGAGCUGACGUGGAGAAAAUAAGAAACGCAGCACUGGAGCAGGGAUCGGUGUUGUUCGAGGACGUGUCCGUGGACUUCACCCAGGAGGAGUGGCGGCUGCUGGACUCUGCCCAGAGGCGCCUGUACAGGGAUGUGAUGCUGGAGAACUACAGGCACCUGGCGUCCCUGGAAGUCCAGAAAGCCAGUAACAGGAAAGAGAGAAGCCAAGAAAAUGAAGAUAAGUAUUCAAGGCAAGCUUCAUUCAGCAACAACAAAACACUGACUAAGGAAAGAAGUAAAACCUCAGGGAUGGCCACAAACCCAAUGCCUUCAAGAAAAAUGUCCCACAGACGUGACUCAUUUGGCACAAGCUUGAAAAGUGUUUCAGAAUUAAUUAUCAGUAACAGAAUCCAUGUGAUAAAAAAGCCUGAUGAUUUCAAGGGAUGUGGAUUCCUUGAUACUGUGCAUGAUAAAACUCACACAGCGAACAAGUCCUGUGAGGAUGAUCAGAAGAAGAAAUCCCACAGUCAGAACGAUGCCUUUGUUCAGCAUCAGAAGAAUUUGGCUUUGGAGCAACUCCUUCAAUACGAUAAUUGUGGGAAAGCCUCUCACAAAAACACAGCCUUUGUUACAUACAAGAGAACUCAGACGGGAGAGAAACCUUCUGAAGGUAAUAAAUACAGAACAGCCUUCAAGCAAAAGUUCAAGUUCAGUGCUUGUCUUAGGACCCUGAGGGAACAGAAGCCACGUGAAUCCAGUAAAAAUGGGAAAUCCUCACGCCUGAAGUCGAAACGUGCACCUCAGAGAACUCACAGAAGGGAGAAACACCCUGAUGAAUAUGAUGAGUCGGGGAAAUCCUGCAAGAAGUCGAACCUUACUGAGCAUCAGAGAAUGCACACAGGAGGGAAACCUGAUGACUCUCAUGAAAACGAGGGAGCCUUGCAGAAGUCAGGCCCCGCUCAGAAUGAGAGGACUCACACAGGAGAGAAAGUCUACCACUGUGAUACACGUGGGAAAUCCUGCCAUGACAAGUCAGGCCUCACUCGACAUCAGGAAGGUCAGACAACGGAAAAACCCAGUGAGUGUAAUGACGGUGAGGAAGCCAUAAAGAAGUCACUCCUCACUCAGACCCAGAGAAUUAACAGAGGAGAGAAAAGCUGCGAAGGUGGUAAGUGUGAGAAAUCCUCCCGCGAGACGUCGAAACUCUGUCAGCACCAGAGAACGCACUUGAGGAGGAGCACCGAUGAGGGCAGCGGGAGUGGGAGGGCCUUAAGUAGCAAGUCAGACCUCGCUCAAGAUCAGAGCGUUCCCAAAAGAAAGAAAACCUAUGACUGUAACCAAUGCGCAAAAGGCUUCCGCAAGAAAACGGACCUCACUCAACAUCAGAGCACGCACACGGGGAAAAAACCCUAUGAGUGUAACGAAUGUGGGAAGUCCUUCUUUGUGAAGUCCAACCUCACGGAGCAUCAGAGAACCCACACAGGAGAAAAGCCAUACGAAUGUAACGAGUGCGGAAAAUCCUUCUGCCAGAAGUCAGCCCUCACGGUGCACCAGAGAACUCACACAGGAGAGAAACCGUAUAAAUGUCAUGAGUGUGGGAAGACCUUCUGUGUGAAAUCGAACCUUACUCAGCAUCAAAGGACCCACACAGGAGAGAAACCCUACAAGUGUAACGAAUGCUCUAGAUCUUUCUGCGUGAAGUCCAACCUUGUUGUACAUCAGAGAACUCAUACGGGAGAGAAACCCUACAAGUGUCCUGAAUGUGGGAAGACGUUCUAUGAAAAGUCGGCACUCACGAAACACCAGAGAAUUCACACGGGGGAAAAGCCCUAUGAGUGUCAUGAAUGUAAAAAGACCUUCAGCCAGAGGUCAGCCCUCACCAAACAUCAAAGGAAAACACACAAGAAGAAAACUCCCAUCAGCACUCUCCAUGGGCAGAAGCCGGCAUCUACAAGUCAAACCUAACAAACAUCAGCAAGUUUGCAGGGCAGAAAUGCUAAUACGUCAGCACGUGUGGGGAGGUGUUUAUCAGCAGGUUCGAGCCAACUGGAAUCAGAGGAUUCAUGUAGGAGUGAAAGCCCGGAAUACUUGGAAUGCUUGAAAGCUUUCAACAAGUAUGCAAAGAUGUUAAGGGGAAAUAUGUCAUUUUAAGGAACAUGAAGUAAACUGUUCUUGUAGAAAUAGCGUUUAACCAGAAGUCAUAUUUUAGAUGUAAAACCAAACUUUUUACAGAGAAGGUAACAGAAAAUACUCAGUUUUUAAUAGAAUGUGAAAUGUGGUCCUUUUGUAAAAGCAUGAGUAAUUUAUUGACACAAUAGCAUGAAUUAUAUGUGAAGACUUUUUGAGGAUUUUGGGCUAUAUAUAUAUACAUAUAUAAGUAUAUAGUACAUGAAUGUGCUAUAUAAUAUGAAUUAUAUGUAUGUUGGAUUUUCACAUUGGAACCCAUACUGUCUCUGAAUCUCAGCAGUACAGUAUACAGUAUGGGUAGAAAGUGGGUUUGCGGUUGUGAGUACGCAAAACACAGAGUU